GUCUGUGUUGUUGAACGUUUGAGUGUUUCGCUAAUAAAAUCUCUUCAGUCCGGCUUAACCGAGUUUAUCAACGAUCAGUUAACUGCUGCUGAAGAAACAUUCACAGAGUUUAAAGAAAUCAUCGUCAAGUCGGAGGAAGAGAUGGAUGAUUAUCGCAGACUGCUGGAUUUCUCCCGGAGGCCCCAGAUAAUUUUACACCGAAUAGAUUGCCUGCAACAUGACGUUUAUGAGGAGCAAAUAUGUAAGCAGGAGAGGAGCUUCACUCUGGACAAGGACCAGUUAGAACCUCUGCAGGUGAAACAGGAACAGGAAUGGACUGAAAAUCAGCAGAUAAAAGAAGAGCAGGAAGAUCUAGAACAUCAGCAAAUAAAAGUGGAUGAGAAAGAAGUUUACUGCAGUCAGGGUGAAGAACAGCUUGAGCUAAAACAAGAGACUGACACCUGCAUGAUGGUUCCUGUUGAUGAGCAAACAGACCACACUGAAUCAGAACCAAACAAGAACCAAGAAAUCUUCCAGGAAGCUGCUGAAACUGAGAACCAAAAUAGGAAAAGAAGAAAACCUUUCUUAUGUGUCAUCUGUAAAAAGCGUUUUGCUUUCAAAUCUGUUCUUGUUGCUCAUAUGAGAACUCACACUGGUGAAAAGCUGUUUACAUGUGUGAACUGUGGAAACAGCUUUAGAGAAAAACACGAGUUAACUCUGCACAUGAUGAUUCACACUGGUGAAAAGCCGUUUUCUUGUGUGAACUGUGGAAAAGGUUUUAGUCAAAAAGAGAAGUUAACUCGGCACAUGAUGAUUCACACUGGUAAAAAGCCGUUUUCUUGUGUGAACUGUGGAAAAAGUUUUAGUCGAAAAGAGAAGUUAACUCGGCACAUGAUGAUUCACCCUGGUGAAAAGCCGUUUUCAUGUGUGAACUGUGGAAAAAGUUUUAGUCAAAAAGAGAAGUUAACUCGGCACAUGAUGAUUCACCCUGGUAAAAAGCCGUUUUCUUGUGUGAACUGUGGAAAAGGUUUUAGUCGAAAAGAGAAGUUAACUCGGCACAUGAUGAUUCACACUGGUGAAAAGCCGUUUUCUUGUGUGACCUGUGGAAAAGGUUUUAGUCAAAAAGAGAAGUUAACUCGGCACAUGAUGAUUCACCCUGGUGAAAAGCCGUUUUCUUGUGUGAACUGUGGAAAAGGUUUUAGUCGAAAAGAGAAGUUAACUCGGCACAUGAUGAUUCACCCUGGUGAAAAGCCGUUUUCUUGUGUGACCUGUGGAAAAGGUUUUAGUCGAAAAGAGAAGUUAACUCAGCACAUGAUGAUUCACCCUGGUGAAAAGCCGUUUUCUUGUGUGACCUGUGGAAAAGGUUUUAGUCGAAAAGAGAAGUUAACUCGGCACAUGAUGAUUCACCCUGGUGAAAAGCCGUUUUCUUGUGUGAACUGUGGAAAAGGUUUUAGUCGAAAAGAGAAGUUAACUCGGCACAUGAUGAUUCACCCUGGUGAAAAGCCGUUUUCUUGUGUGAACUGUGGAAAAGGUUUUAGUCGAAAAGAGAAGUUAACUCGGCACAUGAUGAUUCACCCUGGUGAAAAGCCGUUUUCAUGUGUGAACUGUGGAAAAAGUUUUAGUCGAAAAGAGAAGUUAACUCGGCACAUGAUGAUUCACACUGGUGAAAAGCCGUUUUCUUGUGUGACCUGUGGAAAAGGUUUUAGUCGAAAAGAGAAGUUAACUCGGCACAUGAUGAUUCACCCUGGUGAAAAGCCGUUUUCUUGUGUGAACUGUGGAAAAGGUUUUAGUCGAAAAGAGAAGUUAACUCGGCACAUGAUGAUUCACCCUGGUGAAAAGCCGUUUUCAUGUGUGAACUGUGGAAAAAGUUUUAGUCGAAAAGAGAAGUUAACUCGGCACAUGAUGAUUCACCCUGGUGAAAAGCCGUUUUCAUGUGUGAACUGUGGAAAAAGUUUUAGUCAAAAAGAGAAGUUAACUCGGCACAUGAUGAUUCACACUGGUGAAAAGCCGUUUUCUUGUGUGAACUGUGGAAAAAGUUUUAGACUUAAACAGAAGUUAACUCGGCACAUGAUGAUUCACCCUGGUGAAAAGCCGUUUUCAUGUGUGAACUGUGGAAAAAGUUUUAGUCAAAAAGAGAAGUUAACUCGGCACAUGAUGAUUCACCCUGGUGAAAAGCCGUUUUCAUGUGUGAACUGUGGAAAAAGUUUUAGACUUAAACAGGAUUUAGCUCGGCACAUGAUGAUUCACACUGGUGAAAAGCCGUUUUCAUGUGUGAACUGUGGAAAAAGUUUUAGUGAAAAACGGGAAUUAACUCGGCACAUGAUGAUUCACACUGGUGAAAAGCCGUUUUCAUGUGUGAACUGUGGAAAAAGUUUUAGACGAAAAAACAUAUUAACUCGGCAUAUGAUGAUUCACACUGGUGAAAAGCCGUUUUCAUGUGUGACCUGUGGAAACAGUUUUAGACAAAAACAGAAUUUAAUUCUGCACAUGAAGAUUCACACUGGUGAAAAGCCGUUUUCAUGUGUGACCUGUGGAAACAGUUUUAGACAAAAACAGAAUUUAACUCAGCACAUGAUGAUUCACACUGGUGAAAAGCCGUUUUCAUGUGUGAACUGUGGAAAAAGUUUUAGACUAAAACAGGAAUUAACUCGGCACAUGAUGAUUCACACUGGUGAAAAGCCGUUUUCAUGUGUGAACUGUGGAAAAAGUUUUAGUCAAAAGGGGUUAUUAACUCGGCACAUGAUGAUUCACACUGGUGAAAAGCCGUUUUCAUGUGUGAACUGUGGAAAAAGUUUUAGUCAAAAAAAGGAAUUAACUCGGCACAUGAUGAUUCACACUGGUGAAAAGCCGUUUUCUUGUGUGAACUGUGGAAAAAGUUUUAGACUUAAACAGAAGUUAACUCGGCACAUGAUGAUUCACCCUGGUGAAAAGCCGUUUUCAUGUGUGAACUGUGGAAAAAGUUUUAGUCAAAAAGAGAAGUUAACUCGGCACAUGAUGAUUCACCCUGGUGAAAAGCCGUUUUCAUGUGUGAACUGUGGAAAAAGUUUUAGUCGAAAACAGAAUUUAACUCGGCACAUGAGGAUUCACACUGGUGAAAAGCCGUUUUCUUGUGUGAACUGUGGAAAAAGUUUUAGUCUAAAACAGGAAUUAACUCGGCACAUGAUGAUUCACACUGGUGAAAAGCCGUUUACAUGUGUGAACUGUGGAAAAAGUUUUAGUCGAAAACAGGAAUUAACUCGGCACAUGAUGAUUCACACUGGUGAAAAGCCGUUUUCUUGUGUGACCUGCGGAAAAGGUUUUAGUCGAAAAGAGAAUUUAACUCAGCACAUGAUGAUUCACACUGGUGAAAAGCCAUUUUCUUGUGUGAACUGUGGAAAAAGUUUUAGACUUAAACAGGAUUUAGCUCGGCACAUGAUGAUUCACACUGGUGAAAAGCCGUUUUCUUGUGUGACCUGCGGAAAAGGUUUUAGUCGAAAAGAGAAUUUAACUCAGCACAUGAUGAUUCACACUGGUGAAAAGCCAUUUUCUUGUGUGAACUGUGGAAAAAGUUUUAGACUUAAACAGGAUUUAGCUCGGCACAUGAUGAUUCACACUGGUGAAAAGCCGUUUUCAUGUGUGAACUGUGGAAAAAGUUUUAGGCAAAAUCAGCAAUUAACUCGGCACAUGAUGAUUCACACUGGUGAAAAGCCGUUUUCUUGUGUGAACUGUGGAAAAAGUUUUAGUCAAAAUCAGCAAUUAACUCGGCACAUGAUGAUUCACACUGGUGAAAAGCCGUUUUCAUGCGUGAAUUGUGGAAACAGUUUUAGACUUAAACAGAUGUUAACUCAGCACAUGAUGAUUCACACUGGUGAAAAGCCGUUUUCAUGUGUGGCCUGUGGAAAAAGUUUUAGUCAAAAUCAGCAAUUAACUCUGCACAUGAUGAUUCACACUGGUGAAAAGCCGUUUUCUUGUGUGAACUGUGGAAAAAGUUUUAGUCGAAAACAGAAUUUAACUCAGCACAUGAUGAUUCACACUGGUGAAAAGCCGUUUUCUUGUGUGAACUGUGGAAAAAGUUUUAGUCGAAAGCAGAAGUUAACUCAGCACGAGGUAUCACACGGGUGAAAAGCUGUAGAAGGAUUUUCCAUACAUCUCCUAUGUUGAGGAGAUGUAUGGAAAAUCCUACUGGAGGGGUUUCAUGUCUAUAAACCUUAAAAUUGUUAUAUUUGUUCAAUGUGAUCAUUUGGAUACUUAGAGAUAUGAAACCAUGACACAUUUUCCUUCAGAGAUGCUUUGUUUUUGUUUUUUUGUUUUUUUGCUUAUUCUGUGUCAAAAAACAAUAAUAACAAACUGUAUGUUAUUGUAUUAACAAACUGUUUAUGUCAAACUGUAUGUUGUGUUUGUACAACGUGAAGAGCAGAGGGCUCAGCACACAGCCCUGAGGAGUGCCAGUACUGAUGCUGAUAGAUGAAGAGUCAUGGGGACCCACUGACUAUUUCAUGCAUUAACAGAGUUUGACUGGACAUGGACUCCCUUCCAGAACAUUCUGACAAGAUUGGACCUGAGGGAUUGAUUUGUAUUAUUCUGUACAAUAAAGAGAGUUUGUGGGUU